AUGGCCGCCAUUCUCGCUCCCCGCCGGGGCAAGGCUCUCAGCCAGGCCUUGUCCGCGGCGGCAGCCUCACCAUGCCCGAUUCCGUCCCUCCUCCCGGCAUCAUCGACCGCCGCCUGCAGCUCAUGGCAUUCCGCACGACGACCGUUUUCGACGACACAUGCCCGGGGGUCGAAGCUGGGGAGGACGCCGCUGUCGAUUCCCCCGGGUGUCGAGGUUUUGAUGGGCGAGCCCAGGACGUUGAGGUCGGCGACGUCGUAUAAGCCUGUGGUGAGGAAGACGAUUACUGUCAAGGGACCUCUGGCUAUUGGAAGACUUCUUCCAUUCACAUUGAAGAAUUUUGAUUUCGUGGUUUACAGGGAGUGCGUUGGACUGACGAGUGCGUGCGGCGUAGGAACAUUGAACCUGGAUGUGCCCGAGUUUGUGGACAUUGUACAGAGCGAAGAAGACAAGACUGCGACACUGAGCGUGAGGGAUCCAAACGCCAAGGAGCAGAAAGAGAUGUGGGGCACAUCAUGGUCCUACCUCAGCAACCACAUCACAGGCGUCUCCGAAGGCCACACAGCCAUCAUCCGCCUCGUCGGCGUCGGCUACCGCGCCAGCGUCGAGCAGCGCGGCGCCAAGGAAGAAUACCCGGGCCAAAAGUUCCUCUGCCUCAAGCUCGGCUUCACGCACCCCGUCGAGGUCGGCAUCCCCCGGGGCGUCACCGUCACGACGCCGUCGCUGACGCGCAUCCUGCUCGAGGGUCCCGACCGCGAGGUGCUCAUGAGCUUCGCCGGCGUGGUGCGCAAGUGGAGGCCGCCGGAGCCGUACAAGGGCAAGGGCGUGUUUAUCAAUGACCAGACGAUCAAGUUGAAGCAGAAGAAGAUUAAAUAA